AUCAUGGGCUACAACGGCGACCAAAAUUGCAAACGCAAGAAGAUUGAGGAAGACGAUGAUGCAGGUGGAGGAGCAUCUACUAAUUUUGCAAUUAUGGGCGGCAUUAAUGAUGAUUUACUCUUAGAAAUACUGAUACGAAUCUAUGAUCACCGGUUCGCAAUCCAAUGCAGCCUCGUCUGCAAACGUUGGCGUGGUCUGAUAUUGAGUCCUGAAUUUGUUCGCAGCUUCAAAGGAAAACAAGUGAGUCCCACAACGCUUUUGAUUCAGAUGGGCGAUUCCAUGUUGAUACGAAAAAUGUUAAGUGAUUGGAUUGGGCCCCGUCCUACUAAUGUUGUUUACCAAAAACCACUGUCGUCAUUUAAUAGUUAUUUUAGUUUUAUUCCUCAGCAAGAUCUAAUGACUGUAAAAGCCUCUUUCAACGAUUUAUUACUCGUGGCAAACUCUACAAACUACUACAUCUGCAACCCAUUUACCCGACAGUGGUUCCUUCUUCCCAAACCCCAUAAUCAAGAAAUUAUUGUACCCUGCAGGUAUGGAUUGUCCUGUAGUAGUAGUAAGAAGAAUAAAUUACUCAAGUACAGGGUUUUGCUUGUUCAAGAUAUGUUCAGACGCGAACCUGGUCAAACUUUUCUCUACAAUGUGGCCCUUUUCCGUUCGGAGACUAAAAGUUGGAGACUAUCAACUUUUGGCUUAUCACGAGAAAGGAUUUUAAAGGCACACCAAAGUAGUCUGGACAAAGUCGUUUUCUGCAACGGGAAAUUUCAUUGGCUUAUCAAGUUUUCUUUAACCCUCAUUAUCACUCCUUCGAUCCCGUUCGCAACCGAUGUCGGCAUAUCAAACUCCCCAAUGACAUUUGCGCGACCAUCACUUCCUCAUCUCAACCCAAAUUCUUCCUGGGAGUGAGUGAGGGCCGUCUACGGUUAGUUAAGGUAGCACAAAAUAAUCAGAAGCGGGAACAAUUGUGGAAAGUUUGGGAAAAAAAGAACUCGUUGUCGUCUUGGAGUUUGGUGCACAACACGGUGUAUAGCGCUGCGGUAGAGAAACACAAAGAAUGGGUGAUGGAUACAGAUGUGGUCUGUUUUCAUCCGGAGAAUGGCGACGUUGUCUACUCCAUCUCUCAAAUGUUUAGACGCAUUUUUCGUCACAACGUUCGGAAAGGAACGCGAGAAGAAAUAUUGGAAGUAGUCAAAAAAGAUGAUAUUGUUAAUUUUCGACAGCGUCUUGAUCAUCAGAUCACCUCAAUAGACAUCACCUUAGCUGACAACACGCGGCCUCCCUUUCCUUUCCAUCUUACUCGUCUCAACCCGCCAACUCCACUUCCUACACCUCCUUCUACGACAUGAUUAUUGAUUACUAGUAUUUCCUGAGCUUUUUUUUUGGGUGGUGUUUUGUUUUUUAUUUUCUAGUUUUAUAUAUACAUUUAAAGUUUUAAUUUUCUUCUUGUUAGUGGAAAACUGGAAAUGCAUGGAGUAAAAACUGAAAGUAUAUUGAUCUUUUUUAAAAGAUACAUAACGUUUAUCA